AGGUGCCGUCGCCGGCAUCUCGGAGAUUCUACUCUCGUACCCUCUGGACGUUGUGAAGACCCGAGUACAACUCCAGACUGGCAAGGGGGGUGGCGCAGAUUCAUACAAUGGCAUGCUGGACUGCUUCCAGAAGAUCAUUCGCAACGAAGGAUUUUCGAGAUUAUACAGAGGUAUCACAGCACCCAUUCUGAUGGAAGCCCCGAAGCGUGCCACCAAAUUCGCUGCCAACGACGAAUGGGGCAAGUUCUACCGCAAGGUCUUUGGUGCUGAGAAGAUGAACCAAUCACUAUCGAUUUUGACUGGUGCCUCGGCCGGGGCUACGGAAUCUUUCGUUGUCGUACCAUUUGAGUUGGUCAAGAUCAGACUGCAAGACAAGGCCUCCGCGGGCAAAUAUACUGGCAUGAUCGAUGUCGUCUCCAAGACUAUCAAGAACGAGGGUAUCCUAGCCCUGUACAAUGGUCUUGAGAGCACCAUGUGGCGUCACAUAUUAUGGAACGCCGGUUACUUUGGAUGUAUUUUCCAGGUUAAGGAGCUCCUCCCUAAGGCCGAGACCAAGAAGGGCGAGAUCUUGAAUGGUCUAAUCUCCGGUUCUAUUGGUGGCACCGUCGGAACAAUAGUUAACACGCCCAUGGAUGUUGUCAAGUCGCGCAUCCAAAACAGCCCCAGAAUUCCCGGACAGACCCCCAAGUACAACUGGGCUUGGAGUGCUUGCGCCACUGUGAUGAAGGAGGAGGGCUUCGGUGCCCUAUACAAGGGUUUCCUGCCUAAAGUCCUAAGACUUGGCCCCGGAGGAGGUAUCUUACUAGUUGUUUUCACUAGCGUUAUGGAUUUCUUCCGCUCUAUGAAGCAAAUAUAGAACCCUAGAAUGAUCUCGAUGCUCUAGAAAAAAUGCUUAAGCAUUAGCAUCGCCCUGUUUGAUUAGCAGCUUGUACAUUGACUACAAUUCAUGUGUUCAUAGACAAGAAAGAAGAAGAUUAGGUAUAUACCUUAGGUAUCUAACACGUCUUGACCAAAACUUAGGUCAUAACCAUCCUUCUACAUCUUAUAAGAUGGACAUGAGAUUGCUCUUGCACGAAUAUCUUCAGUAAGGGCCGCUUACCUAAGUAUGCCCAGGUGGACAUUGAAACUCCAACCAUGUAAUACAGCAGUUACCUUGCUGAAAGAUGCUAGGUAGGUGGGAGGUAACACCUUGAAAGAUCUUUCAAGUCACAAGAGUGCAACUUCUCAACUCAUGUAUGUUCCUGUGCCGACAAUAACAAC